GGCCCUUAGCUUAGCCUGCUAGCUGUGAGCAGCAGCCUUCAUGUCUGUGACUCUUUGGUUCUUUUGUUGUUUUGUGACGUUGAGUUUGUUGUAGAAAAAGUUGGUGUCGUCGUGUGAAAAUGUCUAAAGUCCAAAUGCUGAGAGCGUUGGUGAAGCAGCGACUAACUGCGGCUGCUGAAGAGAUAUUUGGGCUGUUUGAAAGAACCAUAGCAGAGUACGAGGAGGAACUUUGUCGUUCUAAAGAGGAGAACCACCGACAGCGACACCUGCUGGACGCCGUCUUUAACCCGGACGUUCACUUACAGGCAGCAGAGUUGCAUCAAGAGUCGAAUAAAGCAGACGUUCCUCCUGAUCAGCAGAUCUGGAGCGCCGAUCUGGACCGGGGUGUUGGAGGUCUUUCCCACAUUAAAGAGGAACAGCACGAGGCUGAGUCCAUCAUGUCUUGUGUCCCUGUGACGAGUGAAGAUCACAAAGAGAAAACAGAAUCCUCACAGUUUCAUCAAAGACAGACCGAGGAGAGCAGAGAGGCGGAGCCUCAAGCCACCAAGUUAACGGAGCCUGUCAAAAGAGAAUCUGAUGGAGAGGACUGUGGAGAAUCAGAACCGGACACAAACCCAGACCCAGGAAGUGAUUUACAGCUACCAGAUACUUGCCACAAUAUUUCAGACUUUUCCGACAGUGAUGAUGACUGGAAAGAGUCCAGAAAAGCUCAUUUAAACAGACUGAAAAACACAGAAAUCGUUGUUAGUGACAGAAGAAGGAAAACUCAUGAGAAACCGUUUCACUGCUCUGAGUGUGAAAAAAGGUUUGGUUACAAGAAAAAUCUGCAGAGACACCUGAGAAUUCACACUGGAGAGAAACUAUUUAGUUGCUCUAUUUGUGGGAAAAUGCUGAUUUCCAGAGCUCACUUAACCUACCACAUGAGAUGUCACACGGGAGAGAAACCUUUCAGCUGCUCAGCUUGUCAGAAGAGCUUCAGGUGCAGAGAAGCUCUUGUGAGACACAUGAGAAUCCACACGGGGGAGAAACUGUUUCAUUGCUACGUUUGUGGUAAAGGUUUUGCAGAAAAAACAAACUUGACAAGACACUUGAGGGUCCACACGGGAUAUAAAAAAUAAAGAGUUCACAUGCA